AUCUGACUGUAGAUAAGAAGAAGAAAAUCAACCGCUCCACAUCAUCACGUCCGCCUUUUAACAACACCACAAAACACCUCAGAUACAGUGAGUAGAAAUGGAUGGAAAGAUGACUGAUCCCUUCAGCAGUGAGGCGGAAGAGCUUCCUGCAGCACGACUAGUCAACAGGCUUUUCCCCAAAGGCUUCUCAGGUAUGGUAGUGAAGGACUGGCUGGACCGACGUCGGAAGUCUAUCAGGCCAUGGGCUGGUUUUGUCGAUCAGCGCAAGUUCUCCAAGCCUAAGAACUUUGGAGAAUUGUGCCAGCGUGUUGUGAAGAACCUGGACACCUACCACAGCAACUAUACCUUUAUCUUCUUGGGGCUUAUUCUCUACUGCAUAAUCAGCUCUCCGAUGCUGCUGAUCGCCAUGGCUGUUUUUGCCGGUGCAUUUUACAUCAUCCACCUAAAGUCUUUGGAGUCCAAGCUGGUUGUUUUCGGCCGAGAGCUGACUCAUGGUCACCAGCUUGGACUGGCUGGAGCGGUUUCACUACCGGUCUUCUGGCUUGCAGGGGCUGGAGCGGCUGUCUUUUGGGUACUGGGAGCUACUCUGGCCGUGAUCGGUACUCAUGCUGCCUUCCGUGAACUAGAGCAAUCAGACAUGGAGGAGCUUCUGAUGGAACCGGUUUAACCCCUCGGCUGUUGUCUGACCUCUCGUUCAUCCAAACCGUCUCCUUUUUCUUGCUGCAGCCCCACACAUGAAAGGCCUAAACACUGACCCAAUGACUAGCCUGUUUAUUCUGGACUGAAUGCAUAUUAUGCACAUAAGGAAAAAUCAACAAUUUUAUAAUUUUUUUAAAUGAUGUCAGCCGAUGAAUAGAGGAAAUGCAUGUUUACUGAAGGAAUAAGCACAGUAGAUUACAUAAUCAUUGAUUGAUCAUAAUCAAUAUUAUACUAUGUAUCUUACAUAUCUGUUACAUAUACUGGGGCUGUGCAUGUAUCUUUUAACUGUUGUCCAUUCAAUCUAUUGUCACAAAGGAAAACCCCAUGCACACAUUAAAUUAUGAUGUGUAAAAAGCAAGCACAUCAGUUAGAAACCAAAAUUUUGGCUUUCUAUAUUAAUAUUCAAUGUUCUUACAGUGGCAUUAUUUAAUUGUGGAUGUUUGGUGCCAUCUCUGGUAGAAAUGCGUUAUUGCAACAUGUAACCCAUAGAUUCAUUUAGAGCUUCAGUUUGUGUCUUUAAUUAGCUUCGCCUUAAUGGUAAACAUGUGGCAUUGCAGGGUAUUCCUACCUGAGUAUUUACUUAAAGCUGCAGUAUGCAACAGUAGUGACCUACCUGGUAAAAUGCAAAUAAGCAGAUUUGUGAAACCAGUUUUGCUCCUCUAUCCUUAAAUUGAACUGAUUUAUUUAAAGCUGCAGUAUGUAUCUUUGGGAAUUUGGUUCAUCAUACUGGCAGCAAUGUGUCAUUGAAAAUAACCUACAAAUCAACAUUUUGAAAAUCUGGUUCUUUACUAAAUGAAACACAUAGUCAUUGAAUUAAAGCUGCAGUGUGUAAUUUUGUAUUAUUUUGAGAGCUGAUAGCCAACAAAAAUGGCAUAAUUGAAAAACGUACAUGUUUGUGCUGUGAUGUAUUUUUGCGAGAGUUUGCUAUGUUUUGGUCUUUUUUCUGCAGUUUUUACAGAAAUGGCUUUGUCAUGAGACAGCAUUUUUCUUUAUAAUAUAUCAUCAAACCUAAAGCUUUAUUUUUACAAUAAUAGGACCAUCACAGUAGUACUAAUUUGGCAUAUUUUGCAUAAUAGAGUACAAUUUCUUAAUGCAGCUUGAGAUGUUCUUAUAUAUAAAACAAAUCUUAAAUAUGUCUUUUCAUAUAGCUUUACAUUUUCUAAGUUCUCUAUUUUUUUCUUUACAUGGUAUAACAAAAUAUAUCGAGCUUUUAUCCAUUAUGUGGUAUCAAUACACCAAGUGCAUUUAUUGCAGGUUUGUUUCUUUGUUACUGAUGCUUUUAAAGCUGUUUUUAUUUAAUUUCUCAACUUUUAUCUUUGUUACAUUCAGCUCAAAAUGAAAGUGCAAUAAAAUCCUCAUCCU